GUAAGUUGCAGGUCUACUGUGAAAGUGCUCGACCGUGACCGCCAAGUGUUAGCAAGCAUCACCAACGAGUCACCUUUUUCUCCUAGCAGCAUCUCGCCGUCAGGAGUGAGCAGGAAGAGAGCCCCUUUGCAGAACCAAGUCGAUCUUGCAAACAUCCUCUUUUUCGAUGAAUAGACGACUGAUCAGCAUUUUCAUCCUGCUGGCGCUGCUAAACUUGUAUUUCUUGCACAAGUCCGAAGUGCUGAUGGUUCUCCGGAAGAAACAUACUUUGUCUACCUCCCCCUCCUCCUCCUCUGCCCCUCGACAGUGCACGUCGCGGCUCCUGUUCACCUCCAGCAUUAAGGGGCGCCUUGGGAACGUCAUGGGCGAGUAUGCCACACUCUGGGGCCUCGGCAGAGCGUUCAACGUGAGCGUCCUUCUCCACCCUGACAUGGAGAAAGAACUCCUGAGGAUUUUCCCGGAUUUGUCGAUGGAGCGGUUACCAGCAAGUUGCAAGAGUGGCUGGACCAGACUUGACAAAACUUACACAUUUCCCCCCCAAAAACAAGGCCUGUUUGAGUCGGCAGCGGCGGGACUUCUCGGCCCAGGAAAGUUCAUGCUUGGAGACAAUCCAGUAAAGGUUCAUCUGUUCCACCCAUUUCGUGAGGACCUUCUUCGCGAAUUAACCUUUUCUCCAAGUCUCAAAAAACAGGCGAAUGAUAUCCUGACGAGUGUGAAGAACAGAAUGAAAAUGAAAUCGCAAGAAAUUACCUUUGUGGGAGUUCAUAUUCGUCGAACUGACUAUAUAGAAUAUAUUAAGAAAUACAACACAACCAUACCCAGCCGCGGCUAUUACGUCCGUGCUAUGCAAUAUUACCGCGAGAAAUACAGUCGCCCCAUCUUCAUCAUGGCCUCUGACGAUCCUGCAUAUUGCAAGAGGACGUUUAAAGCCUUCAAGGACGUCGUUUUAAUACAUGGAAAUCGAGAAAUGGACAUGGCAACAAUAGCAGCCUGCAACCACUCCAUUAUCUCCGUGGGCAGUUUCUCCUUCUGGUGUGGAUACCUUUCCGGAGGAGAGGUCGUUUAUCCCAAGAAAUCGUACUCCUUGAAGUACUUACUGAGUCCGGACAACGUGAGAGAGAGCCAUUUGGAUUUCUUCACUCCCCUGGACGAAUGAAGAGCGCCCUCGAAAAACGUAGGAUGGCGGAAACCACCGGGAGGACAUUUCGCUUUUGCACCGAGUGUUUGGGAAGGGAUCAUGUGUGUGUGUUUAUUUAUUUUCUUGUUAGUCUUGCUGGUAGAAUCACGGGGUAUCAGAUGGGAACUCAUGCUCAUGAAUAUUCACUUAUCAUUAUUGAUAGAUCGUUAUCACCUUUAGCUUUUGUAAAACAGAGGGGCACAGAUAGGCAAAUCGAGAUAAGGAUAUAAAUAAGUUUCUAUAUAGACAAAGAGAUUAGAGGCGUAGGGAGAGGUAAGGAAAAGAAAUAAACAGGCAGAUAAACUGAUAAAGAGAGAUGAAAACAGAAUACAGAUUAUGUGAGGAGAGAAAGGAGAGAGAAGGAGAGAAAGAAAGGGAGGUAGAGAAAGGGAUACAGAGAGUAAAAGGAGAAAGAGGGAGCGAGAGAGAGUAUGGCGUAUACAUAAACACGAUUGUUGUAAGCCAUUAGACCAACAGGCCACGUGGCUGUUUGUCACGUGGCUCUGAGUCAAAUUUAGAACAUCACACCAGUUGGGACGUAGGUGACGAUUAUACAUAACCUCGUCUGACCCCUCAGUUCGCUCCCAGAAGUCAUCCUGACAAGGUCACCACCAGCCUCCGGUCCCCAAGGGCUAGCUGGCCGGACACGCGGCAGUUAGUUUAGUUAAUUAGUUAGUUAGCUCUAGUUUUAGUUUUCCCAGGUUUUCACUGGCACGGGUUUGGCAGAAUGUGCUUCCCGUAGCUGCGCGUAGUCGAUACUGUGCCUCGCGACUGCACUGUACAUGUCAUACCGGCGCUUAUCCUAAGACAUCGUCUGGUGUGUUCCCUUCACUGUGUAAUAUUCUUCCUUAAUAAAGAGUCAAGCUGUUA